AUGGCUUACACCGUGGGUGGUGUGCCCAUUUCCUUGGUUGCUGGCUUUGUCGGCCUUGUGUGGUUGGUCCGCAAGAAGCUCAUUGCCAUCUAUGUCACCCCCAUCGUGGCUUUGAGAGGACCACCUAGCCCAAGCAUAUUGUAUGGCAAUUUCCAGCAGUUGGGCAAAGUCGCGGACCCCACUCUUCUCCAGAAGUGGAUGGACGACUAUGGGCCGACAUUCCUCGCACGAUUGUUCAUAUUGAUGCCGUGCUUAUGGACGGCUGACCCUCGAGCGAUCAAUCAUAUCAUCACGCAAUCCGGAAAGUACUUCAAACCCAGAGAUGGCCGCAAGCAAGCCGCGCAAAUUCUUGGAGAGAGCCUCAUUAUUGCCGAAGGGGAAUCUCACAAACGGAUGCGCAGGGUGAUGAACCCUGCGUUUGGCCCAGCACAAGUCCGCGAGUUGACAUCUAUAUUUGUGGAGAAGGCCACUGAGCUGCGCGAGUACUGGAAGUCUGCCAUGGUUAAAGAAGGCGGCACGCUUAGAGUGAACGUUAUCGAGGACCUCAGCAAGACGACGCUUGAUGUGAUCGGAUUGGCAGGAUUCGAUCACAACCUGGACUCGUUGAAGCCCGGGAGCGAACGCAAGGAGCUCAAUGCCGCUAUUCGGCAUCUCUUCAAAAAGCCACCAAACAUGACGGUCUUUCGCGUUCUGCUAGAUUAUGCGCCUUGGCUGAACCUCUUUCCGGAUGAGCGCCUGCGAAAUCUCAUCGAGGCGCAGAAAGUUAUGCGUCGCGUUGCACGGCAGCUCAUCGAAGACAAGAAGGCAGCGAUCAAGGCGUCAUCAGAGGACGACGAGCAUGUCGGGCGAGGGAGCGUUCAUGGGCGCGAUCUCCUCACGCUUCUGAUCAAGGCAAAUAUGGCAUCGGACAUUCCUGUAGAUCAACGUUUGUCGGAUGAUGAAGUUUUGUCUCAGAUUCCGACCUUCCUUCUCGCUGGCCAUGAAACCACAAGCGUAGCGACUACAUGGGCUCUGUAUGCCCUAAGCGAGUCCCCUCGUAUCCAGAGAAAGUUGCGCGAGGAACUCCUUGCAGUUCCUACGGAGACUCCUACGAUGGAGGAUCUGCAUGCUCUUCCGUAUCUCGACCAGUUCGUGCACGAGACUCUCCGCUUGUAUCCUCCGGUGACGAACACAAUGCGCGCGGCCAACGAAGAUGACGUGAUCCCCCUCGGGGAGCCGAUCAUCGACAAGAAGGGGAACGUACUACAUGAGAUACCAGUGGCAAAGGGUACUCGUAUCGUGAUCCCCAUUCUUGCAGUUCACAGGUCGAAGGCAAUCUGGGGCGAAGAUGCCCUUGAAUUCAAGCCGGAGCGCUGGGAGAAUUUGCCGGAAACAGUUUCCAGCGUUCCGGGUGUCUGGGGCCAUCUCCUUACGUUCCUCGGUGGUCCACACGGAUGCAUCGGGUACAGGUUCUCGGUCACCGAGCUGAAGGCUCUCCUCUUCGCCCUCGUGCGCGAGUUCGAAUUCGAGUUGGCCGUGCCGCACGGAGACAUUGUGCCGAUGGGACUGCUGGUGCAGCGGCCGGUCGUUCGGAACGAGCUCAACAAGGGGUCGCAGAUGCCCAUGAUAAUACGGCCAUACCAGCCGUCGUGACUUUUGGAGCUCGGAACGUCGUCGACUCUAUCGCUCUGGCGGUGUGAGGGGCUCACGUUAUAUUCGUGAUUAGUACGUGUAGUAUUUCGAGUAGCAGCU